ACGUUGUUCAUACGUUCAGUGGCUCGGUCGCAGACUCGUACGCUACGCUCUACCGUCAACAUCGUUGUCGUCGUUGUCGUCGUUGUCGUCGUUUUCGUCGUUUUCGUCGUUGUCGUCGUUGUCGUCGUUGUCGUCGUUGUCGUCGUUUUCGUCGUCGUCGUUUUCGUUGUCGUCGUCCAGUGUUUUUUGCCCGUAAAGCGCGUGCGUGCUGAUCCGUUUGUGCGCACACCUGACCGUGUGUUUUACUUUGCGCGCGCGUGCGCGUGUACCGCGUCUUCAUUGCGUUUGUUUGCGCCUCUUUGAGUGGUGUGCGUGUGUGCGCGUGUGCGUGUGUGUGUGUGCGUGCACAACGCUUUGCCGUUUGGUGUCCCGUCGAUUUUCCGCUGUUUAGCAGCGUCCCCUUUCGCCUUCGUCGUCGUCGUCGUCGUCAUCACCGCGCCGCUGUCGUUUUGAAACGUACCACCGUCGUCACCGCGACGGUUACUGUCACGCAGCGAAACACGCCCGCGUGAACGAUAGGGGUUCCCAGGGACCGGACACGCGUCGUCGUCGUCGGCACGCCGUCGUGCGGCUGUGCGCGCGCGAACGCAACCGUGGAAACCGCACGCUCUCGGAGAUGUGACCGUCGGACCCGUGGCACCGCCGCAGACGCCACCCGCAAGCACGCCGUUCAGUUGACGCUAGCCGCCGCCUCCGCAGCCGCCAGCCGCAACAUGGCGUCGUCCAACACGGAUUCGCCUGGUACAAUUUAUAGAUGGAUAGAGAAAAAGCCUUUAACAGAAGCAGUAUCAUGGACAUCAAAAGAAAAAUUUUGGUUAUCUAUAGCUAUGUGUCAUUAUGGGACUCAUGAUUGGAAAUCGGUUGCUCAAGUUCUUAGACAUGUGGGAGAACCUUAUAGACCUCGAGAAUGGUUUACACCAAAAAGCUGUGAACGCCAGUUUAAAAUUCUUGUAUCUAAUCUUAGCAAGGAAGCAAAGUCAUUGCCCUAUUCUGAAAUGGUGCAGUACAUUGCUGAUGGUUUAAAAAGUGAUUACGUACGAGAAAUUAAUAAAUCAAGAGACACAUUAAAAUCAAAGUACUGUAAUUUAUUCAGUAUUUUGAAUCGUGUGAAACAAGGAAAUUUGUCAAGAAAUGAAGUUGUUAGCCUUUAUUCACAAGCAAGAAGAAAUGAAAUUGAGGGUAAACAAUAUAUGGAUCAACUUAUGACUAGGCAAAAUGCUAGUUUAGCUUCUGAAAAUUCAAGUUCUGGGUUAAUAGAAGAGCCAAUUAAAUGGAAUACACCAUCUGCACCAUUAUUAACGAGUCUUCUAAGAUCUCGCAAUACCAUACCAGCUAAUAGAACUGCCACUACUAUUACUUCUUUAUUACAAUCUCCUGGUGGCACAUCAAGGACUAGAUCUGGAAAAUUAUUACCAUUAACUCCUAGCAUUAGAACUACACAAGGUACUCCUACACUUUCUAAACUCCUUGAAGCUCCAGCAAAUCCUUAUAUACCAAGUCCACCGCAAAUAACACAGAAGAAUAAGCUAAGUGAACUUGUAGUAACAGAAAAGCCUCCUGCGAAUACUUCUAGAAAAGAAAACUCGCAGUCACCAUCAUUAAAUAAAGUACGAGUAGAUAAUGUGACAACUCUGGGGUCUUUUAAUCAAAUCAAUAAAUCUGAUUUAUCAGCUUCGAAGAAACAGAUAUCAAAGAGUCCUAUUUUAGCAGUUAAAAAUGGAUCUAAAGCAAAUUUAAAUGUUCAUUUAAUAAGUGACAGCGAAAAUGAAGAAGAUAAAAAUGUCAGUCUCAAAAGUUCAUUUGGAGAUAAGAAGGAUACAAGUUGCAGAGUGGAACCUAGAGCAACAAGAAGUCAAACUAGAGCAGAAGGUGGUUUUAAACAAUUCAAUGAUACUAAACAAUCUGAUGGAAAGAAAGAACGUGAAAGUUUGCGACAACAAAGUGGAGGAUCUCAAAUUAUUGAAACACAUUUACUUGAUGAUGUGGCUGAUAUUGAUCAAAUUGAAGUUGAACCGUUAUCAUCUGUUCAAGAUGAAAUACCAAUUCAAAUUCCCUCUAAAAUGACACGAUCUUCCUUGCAAAAACUUCGUUUAUCGAGUCCAGGAGAUAAUUCAUCAACAAAUAAUAAAGUUAAUAGUAGUAAAGAAAUAAGCAAUAAAAUGUUGGAGGAAAUAUCAGCUAAUUUUGUUUUAAAGCCUACAGAACCUUUAUCUAUAAAAUAUCAAUGCUUGUUAGGCACACCUCAGAACAAUGCCAACAAUUCGGAAUGCCUGAUUCCUGUUGAUAGGAAUGCUGUUAAAGAUGCUAUUUUGUUACGCAAAGAUAGUCAAUCUUUGCAAAAUACAUUGAAUACAUCUGAUGGAAAACAAUUAAAACAAAAAGGUGUAAUUGAACUAAAAGCAGCAAAUAUAAGGUGUGUUGAUAGCAGAAAUGAUUCAAAAUUUUUGUCAUAUAGUAACCAGCCUAUUGUAGUAGUUAACAAAAUCAAGAAACCAUUUAAUAUUAAACUUACUUCAGAGCAGCGAGUGGAGGAUAUUCAAGUCACAAAUGCAGAUGUAAAAAAGCCUACGAAAUUAAAUAAUAGUUCUCAAAAUGUGGUUAAAGUAAUUGACAAUAAUUGUACAGUUACUGCUCCUGCUGCUGCUGCUGCUGCUGCUGCUGCUGCUGCUGCUGCUGAUGAUGAUGAUGAUGAUGUUAUUUGUAUUGAAGAUGAUCUUAACACAAAUGAUGAUAAUAAAACAACAAUGAAAACCAAUAAUGUUGAAUUACAAAACUUAUCAUCAAUAGUUGUUGGUCCUAACAUUUCAACUAAUUCAAGAUCUUCCUUACAUCAGUUAGAUGGGAAAAAAAAUAAAAAUGACAAAACUCCAUGGAACGUGUUUGGUAAACCACAAAAUAUUUUAGAUUCUACAAAAAAACAGUAUCAUCAAGAUAGUGUAUCUAAAGGUAGAAUUAAUAGUAAUGUAAGUGAGACUAACAACCGAUUUAUUAAAGAACUAGAUUUUGAUUUUGAUCAAUCAAUCUCUCAAACAUCCUUGGCUGAAUUAUAUAAUGGUGUCGAAGAAAUUGUUGAAAUGCAUUCUUUUGAUAAUGAAGAAUUGAAUUCUUUAAUUGAAUGUGGUUCAUUAGGUAGUAAUGAAACAGAGGAACGUCGAAAUAUAGUUAGUGUAGACCAAGGUGAUUCUUCUGUGAGUGAAAGUGAUUCAACUAUUGGAGCUUUUGACACCUUUGCUCAGAUCACGAGAGUACGACAAAAGUCAUCGAUUUCUAAAGACAUUAAAUUAAAUACCAGAGAAUUGAAGACUACUAACCAAGGAAUAAAACAUUUAAAAGAAAGUUUUUGUCAGUCUGAUAAAAUAGAAGAUGACCAAAGCUCUGUAGUAUCUGUCACUGGAAUACCUGUUUUACAGGGUAUAAUAUCAGAUGUUAUGAAUCAAAUUGGUUUAGAUAGUGUUGCAUCACUUACAACAUCCAAUUCACAUAUUCCACCUUCUAAUGAUGUUGUUGAGAUAUUAAGCAGUGAUGAUGAAAUGACUAUGAAGAAUUUAAAAGCACGUCCCUUAAAUGUACAAAACAAACCUAUUCGAACCCAGGAUAAAGAAGGAAAUUCCUAUAAAUUUAAGGAAGCUGAGUUGAUAAAAUUACAAGAAGUAGAAUCCAAGAUCAAAGGUAAUAACACUAAUUGUGGAAUCAGUACUAUUAAACCUAUUGAUAUUGAAAUGCCACCAUGUAUUGUUGUUUCAAAUGAAAAAAUAACUGUUAACGAUAGAAUGAAAUUUAACGAAAUAUUAGAAAUUAAAAAAGAAGUGCAUCAGGAUAAUAAUGAAGUGGUGUAUGAUACAAUUCCCGAUGAGAUAAUAGUCUUAAAUGAUGACGAGGACAUGGAACCAAGAGGAAUAGCAGUUAAAAUCGCUAAUGAAAAAUUAUUAAAAGAAACUGAAAGAAUGAAAAAAGAAGCUGAAGAAAGAAAGAAGAAAGAAGAAGAAAGAAAGAGAAAAGAAGACGAAAGAAAGAGAAAAGAAGAUGAAAGAAAAAGAAAAGAAGACGAAAGAUUAAAAAAAGAAGAAGACGAAAGAAAGAAAAAAGAAAAUGAAAUUAGAAUGAAGAGAGAAAACGAAGAAAGGAAAAAAAAAGAAGAGGAAUUAAAGAAAAGAGAAUUUGAAAAUAUGUUACUCAUUGAGAGAAAGAAAAAAGAAGAUGAAGAUAGAAAAAUCAAAGAAGAUGAUGAAAGAAAGAAAAAAGAAGAAUAUGAAAAAAAGAUGAAAGCUUUACAAGCAGCAAUGAAAAAAGAAAAAGAAGAUCAAGAAAUGCUAGACGAAAAAGCAAGACAGAGAAGUAUAACUGAAGAAAAGUUAAAUCAAUUUCAUUUAAGGAUGAAACGUGAUAUGAAUAUUUUAAAUAAUAGAAUGGAAAAGAGAGUUGUAGUUAAAGAAGAAAUCAUUGACGAAUGUGUUGAUAAUAUUUUGGAAGAAAAUAUAAUAGAUGAAGAUAUUUUGGAAGAUGAUUUGUGUAUAAACGAUGAAUAUUUAGAUGAUAUUGUGGGAAGAGUAAAUUUGUCAAACGUUAAUAAUAAAACAAGAGGUAUGAAAAAUAUUUUAAAGCGUACAGAAUUGGCUCAAUUGAGGGAUUAUGAAUCACAAUUGAAAGAAGAAUCCCUUAAAAGUCGAAUUAAAGUAAAAGAAAAUAAUCAAGUUCAAGACUUGUUGAAUAAAAAAGAAAAAAUUAAAUUAUUAGAAAGAGAUGUUCCAGUACAGAAAACACCAACUAUGAUUAACAAGUUAGACUUACAAACCAAAGAAGCUGAUCUACAAAAAAAUAUGGAGGUUGAGAGACAAAAAGCUUAUGAAAUUAUAUCUAGAGAAGCCAAGGAAGCUGAAAUGAAAAGAGUAAAAGCAGCUGAAUUUGAAAGAAUUAAAAACGAAAAGAUAAAAAGAGCCGAAGAAGUUGAAACAAAAAAGUCUAAAGAAGCCGAGUUAAGAAAAAAUAUAAUUGUUAAAGAAACUGAAAUAAAGGGAUUGGAAAAGAGAAAUAUUUUGAAGAAAAUGAAUGAACCAGAGAAUAAUCGAUCUGUUGCACGUUUAGAGGUCAAUUUGGUUAGGAAUUUUGGAAUUGUUCCUACUGUAAAUAUUAAGAAAAAGAAUGAACUUGUACAGAAUGAUACAAAUAUAGAACAAACAUUAAUUGAAACUAGAAAAGCAACAGCAAAGGAAGAUUUUGAAUCAUUUAAUCUUAGAGAACGAGGAAUAAGGAAGUCUAUGGGAUCUGAAGGAAAAAAAGUCAUAGAAUCUAAGUUACCUGAAAUUAAAAUGGUUACUAGAACAAGGGGGCUAAAGGCGGAAGAAAAGCUUAAAGAAACAAAUGUUUCUAAAAAUAUGUCCACUAAACUACGACCACAAGUAAAAUCUUCUGGAUCCACAUCUUCUAUUCCAAGUUCAACUAUUGAUGAAAAUCUAUCAAUUUCUAGUUAUGAGUAUAAAAAACAAACAAAGAAUGCUGAUGAUGGAAAUAAACGGAAUAGCACUUCAAACUUACCAUAUGAUAAUAAGCACUUUAAAGAUUUGAAUGUUAAUUCUAGUGCCAUUGUUAGAAAAGAAAAUUUGAAUCAUGAAGCUAUUGGUACACCAAGAACUCGUACCCGUUCUUCAUCAUUUAAACAAAGAACAAUUUCAGAAACUAAGUCUUCUAAGCAAAGCCAAGAUAAUGGUGCAGCUAUCAUUCCAAAAGAAACUAUUGGAACAAAGACUAUGUUGACUUCUACAAUCCCUGAAAAUCAGACAAAAAAACAUAUUUUAAAUAAACAUUCAUUUAAUGAUAAUAAUGGUGGCAAAACAUUGAUUGUCCCUGUAGUAAUGUUAAGUACAAGUGAUAUUCCAGCCAGCAUAUCUCAACGAUCAGUUAUGAACUUUCUCAAACAACGACAAAAUACUUCAACACAUAAUCAAGUACAAAAACCAAUUGAAAAUAUUAAACAAUUAGAAAAACCACCUCCUAAGAAACGAGGUCGUAAACCUCGAAUUGAUGUACAAAAUGAAAAACUUCAAGAGUCUGUUAGAAAUAAUAAACUAACGCCUCAAAAUUGCCGAAUAACAAGAACAUCAAUCAAAGAGGUAGAACCCCUAGCUAAAAGAACCAGAAGAAGUCUUGGGCUACUUAAUAUUAAAAAUGAAUCUGCGAACAAGAAAUCUGUUCAGCCACGUAAAUUUAAAAAGGAACUUGUGGACAAGUCUAUUGAAAAUAUUAAAACAAACAAGAAAGUUUUGAAGUUUGUUUUUGACAACUUAUGUGAAAGAAGCAAAUAUAUUUCAAGUCUCGACAAGGCAACUAAGAAUUUACCUAAAAAAUGUUUAGACAUUGUAAAAUUUCCAAUUGAAUUACAAGAAAUUAAAAGAAAGAUAACUGCAGGAAAAAUAACAAGUAUUGCUGAACUUCAAUCUAAUCUUUUAAUCUUGUCAUAUAAUGCUCUAAUGACUAACAGAUCUGACAGUAGAGUUUUCAGUGAUGCUUCCAAUUUUCAAUCUGAACUUGAAGAAUAUUUCCGGUUACUUAAAAAUACAUUUAAUGAUCAAAAUGUUAGGAAGUGUCAAGGUGAAGAUGACUCAUUUUACAUGUACAAUAAUUGUUUUAACAAAAGAAGAUAUUCUGGUUCAAACUACGAUUCCAAUAAUGCGCUUAUAACGGUUAACAAAAAAACAAUUGCUAAUAUAUAUAAACAUAUAGAUAAUUCUAGUGAUGAGUCAAGUGGUUCUGAAUCUGAUAGUUAUAUGCCACCUAAAAAGAAAAGAAAAAAAAAUGUUUCUGAUUCUUCCAGUUCAGAAAGUGACUGAAUCCUGUAUUGUUUAAGAUAACUUAAAUAAUUAAUCAUACAUACCUUUAUAUAUAUUUAUGUAAAUAUAUAUAUAUAUUUAUAUAUAUGUAUAUAUAUUCUAUUAAUAACUUUAAUUCAUAUUCAUUAUUUUAGUUAAGAAUAAUUAUUUUUAGAGCCAUUUUUUUUAAUAAAUUAUAUAGCAUUUAAUUUUAUUUUUAUUUGCUCAAGUCUAAAUUAUUUUGCACGCAAACCUACAAUUUAAUCUUUUUAUUUCAGAUAUAUUAAACUCAUGGCAUUUUUUACCGUAAUAUCUUGAUAUAACUCUCUGUGUUAUUGUACAUUUUAUGAUUUUAAAAUAAGGAACAAUAGUAAACUGUUUUACUUAAUGC